AUGACAAAAACUAAACAUAUAAAUAGUUAUGACUGGCUUAUAGAAGAUUUUCAAGAAUUCUACAAUUAUAAAAAUUGUCAAUCGUAUUAUAGUGAAAAAUUUUGUUCAACUGGACCACUUUAUUCAGAAGACGGAAAUGUAUUAAAAGAUAAUCAUGAGUUUAUUUGGCGGCUAAAAUUAUUACCUAGACAUAUAGAUAGUUAUAUCUCCUUGUAUAUUUGGCCUAUUCAAAAUGAGAAGAAUUUGGAAAAGUUGGAUUGUUAUGGAUAUUUAUCAGAGAAAAAAUUUAUAUUUAAUUCAGAUAGACCAUGUCAAGGCGUACCCGAGUUUUGUAAAAUUAGUCAAAUAUUCCCUGAUAAAGAUUACAAGAAAAAAACUAAUUUAUUGAUUCGUAUCCAAUUCACAUAUCCUUCUUUUAAUCAAAUCAAUGCGAAUACUAGUGAGGACGAAGAGUCAAACAAACAACUAGCGAUUAUUGAAAACCCAAUUUGUUUUGAUUUGGAAGAAUAUAUUAAUAAUGAGAAAUUUAGUGAUGUAACUUUUGAAUUUGGAUGUGGCAAUCAAUUGAAAGCAAGCAAAAUAAUAUUAUCAAUAAGAUCAGACUAUUUUAAGAAAAUGUUUAACGGAGAAUGGAGUGAAUCCAAUUCAAAUGUUAUCAAGAUGGAUGAAAAUAUAUCAUCUGAAUGUUUCAAAGAAAUUUUAUAUUUCUUGUAUACCAAUAGAAUUCAAGAUAAUUUAUCAUUUAAUGUUUUAAAAGAUAUUUAUUCAGAAGCAGAUAUGAGAGAUUUGGAGGAAUUAAAAGAUUUGACUGCAAAAAAAUUUAUUAAAAUGAUUGAUAAAAAUAAUUGGAGUGAGAUUUUGUUGUUGGGAUGGAAUACUAAUAAUUCAGAUUUAAAUAAUACUGCAUUGAAAUAUAUUAAUAAGAAUUGGUCUAGUGUUAGGGAUAGCGAGCAAAUGAAAAGUAUAUUAAGUUGUGUUGAUGUUGAUUUGACCGAAUCAUUAUUUUGUGCUAGAUUCUUUGGUAAAUUUCUUUGA